AUGUCUAAAGUACCAAUAACAUUGAUAUCUGGCUUCUUAGGUGCUGGAAAGACAACAUUCCUCAAUUAUAUAUUGAAUGAACAACAUGGAAAGAAGAUAGCAGUGAUACAGAAUGAGUAUGGUCAAGAGAUUGGAAUUGAGACUGCAAUGGUUGUCGGUAAAGAUGGUUCAAAGGUGUCUGAAUGGUUAGAGUUCCCCAAUGGAUGUAUAUGUUGUACAGUCAAAGACGACUUUGUUCGUUCAAUCGAGGAGUUACUAAAGAAGAGUGAUCGAUUCGAUUACAUAUUGAUCGAAUCAACUGGUAUGGGCGAUCCAGGACAGAUUAGUGCUUCACUAUGGGUAGAUGAUGAGUUGGAGUCACCAAUAUAUCUGGAUAGCAUUGUUACUAUUGUUGAUGCAAAGAAUAUACUUAGACAGGUGGAUGAGAAACAUCCACAGAUGACUGAUAAGAAGACGACGUUUACAACAGAGGCCGAACGUCAGAUUGCAUUCGCUGAUGUUAUACUGCUUAAUAAGAUCGAUCUGGUGAACGACAAGCAACAGAUCGAGCAGAUACAUACCAAGAUCAAGCAGAUCAAUCCAUUGGCCAGCAUCAUUCACACUGAGCGAUCGGUAGUUGACUUGGGUCGCGUACUCGACACCAAAUGCUACACGCCCAACCUGGAUUUGUUGAAGGACUACCUGGAUCAGGACAAACAAACUGAUUCAGAAUGCACGAGUGACUGUCAACAUGAUGGACAUCACCAUGGCCAUGGCAAGGCUAUCACAAGUGGACAUUCAAGUCAUGUAAACACAGUAUGCAUCAAGGAGAUGGGAUCAGUGGACUUGGUCGAGCUAAACAGGUGGAUAGGUGCAUUGGUAUGGGAGGAUUGCAAGGACAGAGUGUUCCGUAUGAAGGGACUAGUGUCGGUAAAGGAUGAGGCGGAGAAGUACAUCCUUCAAGGUGUCUAUGAAACAUUUGACACGCAAGCAAGUGGCAUUCAAUGGACAGCUGGCGAACCAAGAGAGAACAAGCUAGUAUUCAUUGGCGAAGACCUGGAUCAAGAGUCAAUACAACAGUCAUUUAAAAGGUUGAUCGUUGGUUGA